AUGUGGACCUCUGUGGCGCCGGUGCUGCUGCUGAGUGCUGCCGCCGCCGCCUCCCGCCCGCCAGACGUGGCGGCCGCCUCUGCGCGGCUGCUGCUGCGCGACGCGUACCCCGUGUGGCAGCCGCGGUCUGCGCCGCGCGACUCUGGCCGCCGGCUGCUGCUGACGCCGCUGCUGGAGGCGGGGCUGGACGCGGCGGCGCGCCGCCUGUGCCAGGUGCGCGGCGACCGCUUCCCCGCCGACACGCCCAGCUACUCGGGCUUCCUCACCGUCGACAAGCAGCGCGACGCACACCUCUUCUUCUGGUUCUUCCCCGCCAAGAUCCGCGUGGAGGAGUCGCCGAUCGUGCUGUGGCUGCAGGGCGGGCCCGGCGCCUCGUCGCUGUUCGGCCUCUUCACCGAGAUGGGGCCCUUCUCCGUCGUCAAUAACGGCACCACGCUGCGGCCCAACCCACACUCCUGGCACCACGGACACUCGCUCCUCUUCAUAGACAACCCCGUCGGCACAGGCUUCAGCUUUACGGACCGCGACGACGGCUACGCGACGGACAUGCCGCAGGUAGGCGAGGACCUGUACGAGGCGCUGCAGCAGUUCUUCACGCUCUUCCCGGGACUCCGGGAACGGCCCUUCUUCGUCGCAGGAGAAUCCUUUGCCGGAAAAUACAUCCCGGUAGUGGGCUACACAAUACUGGAACGCAACAAGGUCGCCUACGAACCCAUUAAUCUCCAAGGCGUGCUGAUCGGGAACGGCUUCUUCGACCCGGAGCACAUGCAGGCGUACAGCGAGCUGUCGUACGCCAUGGGCCUGGUGGACCACCGAGUGCGACAGGAGAUGCGCCGCUCGCAGGAGGCCACGGUCGCCGCCAUCCGCGCCGGCAACCUCGAGGAGGCCUACGUCACGUGGGUGCAGACGCUGACGCUGCUGUCGCUCAACUCUCGCCACCUGUCGCUGUACCACCUGCUGCGGGAGAGCGAGCUCUCGCUUUACGGCGACGGCACCUUCGCCGACUUUCUGCAGAGCGCCGACGUCCGCCGUGCCAUACACGUGGGCGACGCCGAGUUCUCCAGCGUCGGUCAGGUGUACGCGAAGAUGGUGCCGCGCUUCAUGUCGACGGCGCGCCACUGGCUGGAGCACCUGCUGGACUCCGGGACCCGCGUGCUGUGCUACAGCGGCCAGCUGGACCUCAUCGUCGCCUAUGCGCUCUCGGCGGACGCCUUCCGCCACUUGCAGUGGCAGCACGCAGCCCAGUACAGGGAGGCUGACAGACAACCAUGGUACGUUGGAAGCAGCCUCGCUGGAUACAUGAAGACCGGAGGGAAUCUGACGGAACUCUUGGUUCGAGGAGCAGGUCAUAUGGUGCCGACGGACAAGCCAGAAUUCGCUCUUCAGAUGGUAACGGAUUUCACAAGAGGAAGGCUUCCUUGAACGUCAAGACAUCCAUCUGUCACUGAGAGGAUCCGAUAGACUGCCGAAUUUACGUACCUAUGAACGUGUGUGGAGUGAAGGAAGUGGACAAAGAGUUGGUACUGAUUCAGUGGCACGAAGAACUUCGCUUUGCUGGGUGACUGUAAAUCAAAUGCAAACCAGGACAUACAGAUGUUUUGUUAAAUAGUCUUGUAUUUCUGCAUCUAAAUCGAAAUUAGUAUAGUUAUGUACGGUUGAUGCGUAAAAUAUGUCAAGUCUAAAAACGACAUUCUGACAAGAAACU